ACUCUUGCGUUCCCUCGCCCAGGAAGAAGAAAAAGCAGACAUUUUCAGCAUGGCGUUCCUGAUUUGCGAUGGAAUGAUCAGCUCGCUGCACAAGCACAAGCAUGGGCAGAAAGAGUGGCCAAGCAGGCUUACAUCUCUUAUAAGGAGUUAAGCGGAAUCGGCGAAAACAUCACCUUCUUCCCACGAGAUUUGGACCCUGAAGCAAUAGUAGAACACUGGUAUGAAGAACAUGAAAAAUACGAGUACGAUACACCUGGCUGGCAGUGCGGAACAAAUUACUUCACGCAAGUCAUUUGGAGGGAAACGGAAGAAGUAGGUGUCGGUAUAGGACGAGCGUUUGUUGAGCCAGAUACAAUCGAGAAUUACAAUAGCAAGACACCAAGG